UCCCCCCCCGUCCCGUUCCCCAGCGGCCUCUGCUUGCUUACUGCUUCCUGCCUAGCCGUCCACCUCGCGCCGCCAUCACUCCAGCAUCACCACCACCACACCUUUUCCAUCAUCAUCAUCACAGCUUCCUCUCCUCCUCUUCUUUCUCCUCGCCUCCUUCCCCCUCUCCCUCUCCUCCCCCCUUCCUUCUUCCAGCUCCACCCAUCGUUCCUUCAGCUGCUGUCUUGUCGUUCUCUCUGUUUGAACGGAGGCUUUUUGGGGUUCCGCUUUCUGCCGCGCCCUCCAAUCUGGAAAAGGCCAGCUCAACGGCUUCCUUCCCUACAGCUUCGUCCCGUUCCUGCCAGUCCGCGAGCACGCUCUCCGUCCACAGUGUUCAUCCCAUUGUGGCUGGGCGUCUCCUCCUACCGCCGGUUGCCUUGAAGCUCAUCGGUUUGCGGCUGCCGCGACCUCCCCUCGUGACAACUGGACGGCUCCCACCGCACCCUCGAUCCUUCCCAGCUUCCAUUUCCACCGCGCGUCAUCCCCUCUUUCCCGGCCAGCUACCCCCCCCCCGUGGUAGUCCUUCCCGUCGGACGCACCAUCGACAACAGGUCCAUCUUGCUGUCUCUCCCCUGCUCGACCAAUUUCCGUCUGAUUUUCCUCCGACCAUCAGCGGUUGUUGUGCGAGUUUUCUCGUCGCUUUCUCUUUACGCUCGAUCCAUUACGGUCCACGAGACUUCAUCAUUCUUGGACAUCCUUGCAAGUGGACAACACAACGACAUAGUUCUGGGACUAUCAUUUAA